AUGGCACAGUAUACCCAAGCAAUGAUAAAAAUCUAUACUUUGUAUUUUGUUGCAUCCUUUCUUGCUUUAGGGUUUCUAUAUACAUGUGGUGGAACAUUAAAAGGGCAGAAUGGAACUAUAGAAAGUCCUGGUUUCCCGUAUGGCUAUCCUAAUGGCGCAAAUUGCACGUGGGUAAUAGUGGUUGAAGGUCACAACAGGAUACAAAUCGUAUUUCAGUCUUUUGCCCUUGAAGAGGAGUAUGAUUAUUUAUCACUGUAUGAUGGACAUCCCCAUCCAGCAAACUUCAGAACAAGAUUAACAGGAUUUCAGCUCCCACCACCUGUAUCAAGCACUGGGCCGGUAUUUUCAUUACGUCUCACAAGUGAUUUUGCUGUUAGUGCCCAUGGAUUUAAAGUAUUUUAUGAAGAACUAAAAAGCAGUUCCUGUGGGAAUCCUGGUGUUCCUCCUAAGGGUAUUCUGUAUGGGAACCGUUUUGAAGUUGGAGACAAAAUACGUUACAGCUGUGUUACUGGAUAUAUACUUGAUGGACACUCACAGCUUACUUGUGUUGCUCACUCAGGAAACAUGGCUGCUUGGGAUUUUCCUGUUCCCAUUUGCAGAGCUGAAGAUGCAUGUGGUGGAACAGUGAGAGGCUUCACUGGCAUCAUUUCCAGCCCCAACUUUCCUAAUGAAUAUUAUAAUAAUGCAGACUGUACCUGGACAAUAGUAGCAGAUCCUGGAGACACAAUUUCACUCGUUUUUACAGAUUUUCAGACAGAAGAAAAGUAUGACUAUCUGGAAGUAGAAGGUUCUGAACCGCCAACAAUAAUGUUGUCUGGGGUGAAUGUGCCUGCUCCAAUUAUUAGCAACAAGAACUGGCUAAGACUUCAUUUUGUAACUGACAACAACCACAGAUAUCGGGGGUUCAGUGCUCAAUAUCAAGUGAAAAAGGCCAUAGAUAUUAAGUCUAGAGGAGUUCAAUUACCCCCUGCCAAAGACAACAGCAACAAGUUUUCUCUCUUAAAUGAAGGCGGAAUAAAACAACCAUCCAAUCACUGUCCUGAUCCUGGAGAACCGGAGCAUGGGAAAAAAAUAGGCUCUGAUUUUAGCCUUGGAUCAACAGUGUACUUCACUUGUGAUGAAGAUUACGUGUUACAGGGGUCAAAGAGUAUCACCUGCCAAAGAAUAGCAGAGGUUUUUGCAGCAUGGAGUGACCACAGACCGGCAUGCAAAGUAAAAACAUGUGGAUCGAAUCUUCAUGGUCCAAGUGGAACAUUUGCUUCACCUAAUUUCCCUUUCCAGUAUGACAGCAAUGCACAAUGUGUUUGGAUAAUUACAACUGAGAAUCCACAUAAAGUCAUUCAAAUAAAUUUUGAAGAAUUUGACCUUGAAAUCGGUUAUGACACAUUGACCAUAGGUGAUGGUGGAGAAGUCGGUGACCCAAAAACAGUUCUGCAAGUAUUGACAGGGAGUUUUGUACCAGAUUUAAUUGUCAGCAUGAGCAAUCAGAUGUGGCUGCACCUUCAGACAGACGAAAGUGUUGGUUCAAUUGGGUUCAAAGUUACCUACAAAGAAAUUGACAAAGAAAGCUGUGGUGAUCCUGGAACUCCCAUGUAUGGCAUCCGUGAUGGCAAUGGUUUUUCAAAUGGAGAUGUUUUAAGAUUUGAAUGUCAGUUUGGAUUUGAACUCAUUGGGGAAAAGUCCAUAGUUUGCCAAGAUAACAACCAGUGGUCUGCAAACAUACCAAUCUGCAUUUUUCCAUGUCUUUCAAAUUUUACUGCACCAAUGGGAACAGUUCUAUCACCUGACUACCCUGAAGGUUAUGGCAAUAAUUUGAAUUGUGUGUGGUUAAUAAUCUCUGACCCUGGCAGUCGAAUUCAUCUCUCAUUUAAUGACUUUGACUUGGAAUCCCAGUUUGACUUUCUUGCAAUCAAAGAUGGAGAAAAUUUUGAAUCACCCAUAUUAGGUACAUUUACUGGUGCGGAUGUGCCUUCUCAUCUUACCAGUAAUAGUCACAUCUUGCGUUUGGAAUUCCAAGCUGACCAUUCAAUGUCUGGUAGAGGAUUUAACAUUACGUACAACACAUUUGGCCAUAAUGAAUGUCCUGAUCCAGGAAUUCCAAUCAAUGCACGCCGCUUUGGUGACAACUUCCAGUUGGGAAAUUCAAUAUCUGUUGUAUGUGAGGAAGGAUUCAUAAAAACACAGGGUACAGAAACUAUAACAUGUUUACUACAAGAAGGCAAAGUUAUGUGGAGUGGUCCAAUCCCACGAUGUGAAGCACCAUGCGGUGGCCACAUCUCUGCUCCUACUGGGGUUAUACUCUCUCCAGGCUGGCCAGGGUAUUACAAAGAUUCACUGAAUUGUGAGUGGGUGAUUGAAGCUGAAGAUGGACACUCCAUCAAAAUUGUGUUUGAAAGGUUUCAGACAGAGUUAAAUUAUGAUGUAUUGGAGAUUCAUGAUGGACCUAGUUUAUUAUCACCUCUUCUUGGAUCAUACAACGGAACACAAGUGCCACAGUUUCUCUUCAGUAGCAGCAAUUACCUUUAUCUUCUCUUCACCACUGAUAGCAGUCGAUCAAACAGUGGAUUUAAACUUCACUAUGAAAGUGUCACAGUAGAUUCAUAUUCAUGCUUAGAUCCUGGAAUUCCAGUUCAUGGACGUCGCUAUGGUCAUGAUUUUUCCAUUGGUUCCACAGUUUCAUUCAGCUGCGAGUCUGGUUAUAGGUUAAGUCAUGAAGAACCACUGUUGUGUGAAAAAAAUCACUGGUGGAGUCAUCCACUACCAACAUGUGAUGCCUUAUGUGGUGGUGAUGUCCGAGGCCCUAGUGGAACAAUUCUAUCUCCUGGAUACCCUGAAUUUUACCCCAACAAUCUAAACUGCACUUGGACUGUGGAGGUCACUCAUGGAAAAGGCGUGCAGUUCACCUUUCACACCUUCCAUUUGGAGGAUCAUCAUGAUUAUUUACUAAUCACGGAGAAUGGCAGCUUUAUUCAACCACUGGCACGCCUCACUGGUUCUGAGCUCCCAGCAGCAAUCAACGCCGGUCUCUAUGGAAAUUUCAGAGCUCAGUUACGCUUUAUUUCAGACUUUUCUAUAUCAUAUGAAGGGUUUAACAUAACUUUUUCUGAAUAUAAUUUAGAGCCCUGUGAGGACCCAGGAACUCCAGCAUAUGGAAGGCGGUCUGGAUUUCAUUUUGGCAUAGGAGAUACGUUGUUAUUUUCCUGUUCUUCUGGCUAUCGUCUGGAAGGAGCAACAGAAAUCACCUGUCUUGGAGGAGGCCGUCGAGUGUGGAGUGCACCUCUGCCAAGGUGUGUGGCUGAAUGUGGAACAUCUGUAAGAACUAAUGAAGGAAUACUAUUAUCUCCAAAUUACCCACUCAGCUAUGGAAACAACCAUGAAUGCAUCUACAGUGUUCAGGUCCAAGCUGGCAAGGGUAUCAAUAUCUCAGCCAGAACAUUUCACUUAGCACAAGGCGAUAUUCUAAAGAUAUUUGAUGGGAAGGACAAUACUGCCAAUCUGCUUGGAGCUUUCACAGGGUCUGGGAUGAGGGGGAUUACCUUAAGCAGCACCUCCAAUCACCUAUGGCUGGAAUUCAACACGGACUCCGAAGAAACUGAUGAAGGAUUCCAGUUAGUGUAUACUAGUUUUGAGCUGUCCCAUUGUGAAGAUCCAGGAGUGCCACAGUUUGGGUACAAAAUAAGUGACCAAGGGCAUUUUGCAGGUAGCACUAUUACUUAUGGAUGCAAUCCCGGUUAUACGCUUCAUGGAAGUACAACCUUAAAAUGUAUGACAGGAGAAAGAAGAGCAUGGGACAAUGCUCUCCCAUCAUGCAUUGCUGAAUGUGGUGGUCGAUUUCGAGGAGAAACAUCAGGCAGGAUCCUCUCACCAGGCUAUCCAUUUCCUUAUGACAAUAAUCUUCGCUGUGUAUGGACCAUAGAAGCUGAAGUUGGACAUAUUGUCAGUUUGCAGUUCCUUGCAUUUGACACCGAGGCAUCACAUGAUAUUUUAAGAGUGUGGGAUGGUCCUCUUGAUAAUGAAAUGCUUCUGAAAGAGAUCAGUGGUUCCCUCAUUCCAGAAACCAUACACAGUACCCUAAAUGUAGUCACUAUCCAGUUUGACACAGACUUCUACAUCAGCAAAUCAGGAUUUGCCAUUCAGUUUUCAAGUUCAGUGGCUACAGCCUGCCGGGAUCCUGGUGUACCAAUGAACGGAUCCCGCAACGGAGAUGGACGAGAACCUGGUGACACUGUUGUCUUCCAGUGUGACCCUGGAUAUGAACUGCAAGGAGAAGAGAGAAUAACCUGUGUUCAAGUUGAAAAUCGCUUCUUUUGGAAACCUAGCCCCCCUGUCUGCAUAGCUCCUUGUGGAGGUAAUCUUACUGGUUCAUCAGGCUUUAUCCUGUCUCCGAAUUAUCCACAUCCAUAUCCGCACAGUAGAGACUGUGACUGGACAAUCAUUGUGAACAGCGACUACAUCAUAUCCCUGGCAUUCAUUAGCUUUGGUAUUGAGCCCAAUUAUGACUUCUUGUACAUAUAUGAUGGGUCAGACAGCAACAGCCAAUUAAUUGGAAGUUUCCAAGAUAGCAAACUACCUGAACGGAUAGAAAGCAGCUCAAACACAAUGCAUUUGGCUUUUCGAAGUGAUGGGUCUGUUAGUUUUACUGGAUUUCACCUGGAAUAUAAAGCAAAACUGAGAGAAUCCUGCUUUGAUCCUGGAAAUAUAAUGAAUGGCACUCGUACAGGAAUGGACUAUAAACUCGGGUCCACGGUUACCUACCACUGUGACGCAGGCUAUGUGUUACAAGGUUACUCCACUCUUACUUGCAUAAUAGGAGAUGAUGGACGGCCUGGGUGGAACAGAGCUUUGCCAAGCUGCCAUGCACCAUGUGGGAGUCGGUCUACAGGUUCUGAAGGCACUGUACUGUCACCAAACUAUCCUAGAAACUAUACUUUGGGAGACUGUUGUAUUUAUUCUAUAUCUGUUUCUAAAGAAUUUGUGGUUUUUGGCCAAUUUGUAUUUUUCCAGACUGCCCUACGUGAUGUGGUUGAUGUUUAUGAUGGCCCAACUCAGCAGGCUUCUCUCUUAUCUUCACUGAGUGGAUCUCAUUCAGGAGAAACGCUCCCGCUGAGCUCAGGAAAUCAGAUCACGAUUGUUUUUACUUCUGUGGGACCUGGAACAGCUAAAGGGUUUCAUUUUGUUUAUCAAGCUGUUCCAAGAACCAGUGCCACUCAGUGCAACUCAGUACCGGAGCCAAGAUUUGGAAGAAGAAUUGGAAAUGACUUUGCAGUUGGCUCUCUUAUAAGGUUUGAAUGUAAUCCAGGGUACAUUCUGAAUGGAUCUGCAGCAAUUAGAUGUGAGGCAGUACCGAACGACUUGGCUCAGUGGAAUGACUCCCUGCCUAUCUGUGUUGUGCCUUGUGGUGGACUUUUAACAAAACGCAAAGGAACUAUCCUGUCCCCAGAUUAUCCAGAACCAUAUGACAACAAUCUGAAUUGUGUAUGGAGAAUCACAGUGCCAGAGGGAGCUGGUGUUCAAGUACAAGUUAUAAAAUUUGCUACAGAACUUAACUGGGAUUCACUCGAUUUUUAUGAUGGUGCCGACAGCAAUGUUCCAAGACUAGGAAGCUACUCCGGAACUACAAUACCAGCUCUUCUUAACAGUACGUCUAAUAAUAUGUACCUGAAUUUCCAGUCAGAUAAUAGUAUAUCAGCUGCUGGAUUCCACCUUGAGUAUACAGCAAUCGGUCUGGAUUCCUGCCCAGAGCCACAGAUUCCAGUCAAUGGUACUAAACUCGGAGACAGAUAUAUGGUUGGAGAUGUUGUGUCUUUUCAGUGUGACCAAGGAUAUUCAUUACAGGGUCAUUCACAUAUUACAUGCAUGCCAGGACCAGUGAGAAGGUGGAAUUACCCAGUUCCAAUGUGUGUAGCACAGUGCGGAGGUUCAGUAACAGACUUUAACGGUGUGAUUCUAAGCCCUGGAUACCCUGGAAGUUAUCCACAUGCCUUAGACUGCACAUGGACGAUCAAACUUCCCAUUGGUUUUGGUGUCCACAUUCAGUUCGAAAAUUUUUCUACUGAGGCUAUCCAUGAUUACCUGGAACUGAAAAGUGGAUCUCAAGAAACUGGCAUUGUGAUUGGCAGAUUUAGUGGUCCCAAUCCCCCUGCUCCACUAUUUAGCACGACUCAUGAAACUAGCUUAUAUUUUCAUAGUGACUAUUCUCAGAACCGACAUGGAUUUCAUAUUGUAUUUCACGCUUAUCAGUUACAAAGCUGCCCAGAUCCACGCCCAUUUCGCAAUGGUUAUGUGAUUGGUAAUGACUUCACAGUAGGACAGAGUAUUUUCUUUGAGUGCCUUCCUGGGUAUAACUUACUUGGAGAAUCAGCACUGACAUGUCUUCAUGGAGUGAGCAGGAAUUGGAACCAUCCAAUACCUAGAUGUGAAGCUCUCUGUGGAGGAAACAUAACCGCAAUGAAUGGCACCAUUUAUUCCCCUGGGUAUCCUGAUAUGUAUCCAAACUUUCAGGAUUGUUUCUGGCUUGUCAGAGUACCUCCUGGUAAUGGAAUCUAUAUCAAUUUUACAGUGCUACAAACAGAAGCAAUAUACGACUUCAUUACUGUAUGGGAUGGUCCAGAUCAAGCUUCUCCUCCAAUUGGAAUGUUCAGUGGAAACACCGCCCUGGAGUCGGUUUACAGCACAUCCAAUCAAGUAUUAAUAAAAUUUCACAGUGACUUCUCCACAAGUGGCUUUUUUGUUCUCAGUUAUCAUGAGUUUAAAGGGGCUACUUAUGAGCGAUCCCUUAGGAAACCCAGUAUUUACACUCCUCCCACCCAGCCGUUAUUAGCGGCUUACAGCAAGUUAGUUGAAGAUGACAUGUACAGAAUGUAUUAUGAGACCAAUGGAGACCUUGUAGUUCUAUGCCCAGCUAAUGAAAUUCGAUUUGAUUCUACUGGAGUCAUAAUGAGUCCUGGGUAUCCUGAGUCAUAUCCAAGCUUACAAAUGUGUGCUUGGACAAUCAUUGUAGAAAAGGGAUACAAUAUCACAUUGUUUAUCGAGUUCUUCCAGACAGAGAAAGACUACGAUUACCUCCAGGUUUUUGAUGGGCCAAAUAGUCUGAGCCGUUCUCUUAUUAACCUGAGUGGAGAAUAUCCCCCUUCCACCAACAUAACUAGCACUGGACAUGAGGUCUUUUUAAAAUGGUCAGCAGAUCAUGGUACUAACAAGAAGGGCUUCCGGAUUAGAUAUAUAGCAAAUUAUUGCAGCACUCCAGACUAUCCUAGUCAUGGAGACAUUCUUAGUCAGUCUGGGGGACACCUAAACAGCAUAGUUCGCUGGACCUGUGAACGAGGGUACAGGCUGACUGGCAAGAGUACAGCAGUAUGCAGGAAAUUUCCAGAAGGAUAUUAUGCCUGGGACUCCCCAGUUCCUGCAUGUCAACCAAUUUCAUGUGGGGUUCCCAAACCUCCAGUAAAUGGUGGUGUAAUUGUCGCAGAUUACUCUGUGGAUACAAGAAUCACCUACUUCUGCAAUGAUGGCUUUCGGCUGUCAUCAAAGGAGCUCACUGUUGCUGUGUGUCUCUCAGAUGGUACAUGGAGCAAUCACAAUAAAACGCCUCGUUGUUCAGUUGUGACUUGCCCCAGUAUCAACUCUUUCACAUUGGAGCAUGGAAGGUGGCGAAUAGUAAAUGGGUCACAUUAUGAGUAUGGAACAAAGAUUGUAUUCAGCUGUGAUCCAGGUUAUUACCGGCUAGGGCCAACAUCAAUCCAAUGCCUCGCUAAUGGAACCUGGAGCUGGAGAAACGAGAGGCCCCGCUGUCAAAUUAUUUCAUGUGGAGACCUCCCUACACCUCCCAAUGGGAAUAAAAUUGGAACUCAAACCACGUACGGAGCAACAGCUAUUUUCACCUGUGAUUCCGGUUAUAUGCUGGUUGGCUCUGCUGUGAGAGAAUGUCUUUCGUCAGGGCUCUGGAGUGGGACAGAGACCAGCUGCUUAGCUGGCCACUGUGGAGUUCCAGAGCCUAUAGUUAAUGGACAAGUGAUUGGAGAAGAUUAUGGUUACAGAGAUACAAUCGUAUACCAGUGCAACUCUGGAUUCCGUUUGAUUGGCUCCUCUGUAAGAAUUUGCCAGCAGGAUCAUAACUGGUCAGGCCAGCUUGCAGCCUGUGUGCCUAUAAGCUGUGGUCAUCCUGGAAGCCCCAUAUAUGGAAGAACAAGUGGAAAUGGAUUCAAUUUAAAUGAUGUAGUGACAUUCUCCUGCAACACUGGAUAUAUUAUGCAGGGGCCGACAAGAGCACAGUGCCAGGCUAAUAGGCAGUGGAGUCAUCCACCACCCAUAUGUAAAGUGGUCAACUGCACAGAUCCAGGAAUACCAGCAAAUUCUAUCAGGGAAAGCAAGAUAGAGCAUGGAAAUUUUACGUAUGGGACAGUUGUGUUUUAUGACUGCAACCCUGGCUACUUUUUGUUUGGUUCUUCUGUUUUAACCUGUCAGCCUAAUGGACACUGGGAUAAACCUCUUCCUGAAUGCAUCAUGAUUAACUGUGGUCACCCUGGUGUUCCUCCUAAUGCUGUACUUUCUGGGGAAAAAUUUACAUUUGGAUCCACUAUUCGUUACUCAUGCACUGGCAGAAGAAAUCUGAUAGGCCAAUCAGUGCGUACUUGCCAGCUCAAUGGACAUUGGAGUGGGUCUCUCCCUCAUUGCUCAGGUGAUCUGGAUGGUUCUUGUGGGGACCCAGGAAUCCCUGCUCAUGGUGCCAGAGAAGGAAAUGAUUUUAAAACAGGGAGCAAAGUGCACAUGACAUGUGAAACUGGAUACAUUCUUCAUGGCUCAGCAGACCGGACCUGUUUGGCAAAUGGAAGCUGGACGGGAAGGCAGCCAGAAUGCAAAGCUGUACAGUGCGGAAACCCAGGAACACCAACAAAUGGAAAAGUAUUUCGCAUUGAUGAUACAACAUUCUCCAGCUCUGUCGUUUAUUCUUGUCUAGAAGGGUACUUGCUUUCUGGUUCUUCAGUUAGACAGUGCACUGCUAAUGGGACCUGGUCAGGAAGUCUGCCAGAAUGCAGAAUAAUCAGCUGUGGUGAUCCCGGUAUACCUGCCAAUGGAUUGAGAUAUGGAGAUGAUUUUGUUGUUGGACAAAAUGUUACUUACAUUUGCCAACCAGGAUACACAAUGGAACCCCUUAGCUCAAAUAUCCGUACUUGCACAAGCAACGGAACAUGGAGUGGAUCUAUGCCAUAUUGUAAAGGUAUGUUUUAA